AUGUCUGACUUUGUGGAGGUCCUGCCUAAUGCCAUGAGCGUGUUCCAGGAGGAUGCUUCGGAGCUGUCUGACAUCCUCUUGCCCCGUAUACGGGACGAUGAAAUUCUCGUGAAAAUCGAGGUAAUGAUAGAAGACCCGUCAGACUGGAAGAAUGUUGAUACUGUCACCCAAGAAUACACUCAUUCUACCCAUGGUGUAGACUUCUCUGGCACAGUUGUCAAACUCGGCAGGUCUGUUACUUGUGGUGUCACCCGAGGCGAUCAUGUCGUUGGAUUUGUGCGUUCGAGUUCAAUGCGCCGUGCUGCGUAUACGGACCACGGAACACAGACGAAGUACAUCCGACUAGAAGGAGAGCUCGCGUGGGUUGUUCCCAGGGGCACUUUCUCACAUGAGGAUGCCGCGAAGGCUCGACUGGGACGUUUCCGUUAUAUGUUUGGUGUACAAGAUUAGGCUUGGUUUUGACAUCGGACAAUACGUUACUGUAAUUUAUAAUGCAUUUGUAUGUAAAUUAAUCUAGAUUGUACCAUACAGAAGGAGCUACAUAUAUAGUAAUACUUGACACACUUUAUGGAAUUCUUCACG